UAAAGCAACCUCUGCAUGUGUUUGUUUGUAGGGAGCUUAGCAUCAUACCAGGCUCCAAAUGCUUCCAUUAGACUGUUCAUCUUGGCUGCUGGUGUUUCAUCCUCAUUGCUGGUCCAAACAGUAACAUGGUGGUCAGGAAACAGUUUGCAAAGGUUCAUCAGGAUAUGGGGCUUCAUUCUAGGCAAGAUGAUGCUCCUCAUUCUUCGAAUCUGGUAUACAUCACUGAACCCAGUGUGGAGCUCACAAGCUGCCAAUACUGUCAUGCUGACAAUUGGUUUAGUAGCAGCAGUGGAGCGAAUUUAUUCAGCCGAAGGCGAGAGGAAGCGAGGAGCAAACACUACUGGUAACACAGUUAGGGAGACUGUCUCGCAGCCUAAUUGGCUUUUGUCAGGAGUUGCUUUUGGCAGCCUCAUGUUCCUCACCGUUUGGAUAUUUGGGGAGGUCUCGCUAAUUUCUAGAUGGGCAGUAAAUGGACAUCCACAUACAGGUCCAGAUCCUAAUCCAUAUGGUGGUACAGUUCUGUUGGGUCUGGCUCAUGGACUGAUGCUUUCGUUUUGGAGUUGGUCCUCUGUUGCCAGUUUUGCCUGGUUUCUUAUAGGCAUAGCAUCUUCAGCUGGUCUCCUUUACUUACACACUUGGAGUGCUGCUGUUGCAGGCAACAUUCUUGCUGUCUUUACUAUGUGUGUGUGGCCUCAACUGGCUGGACGCUUUGUUGGGUGUCUGCAUCCUGGAAAAGCCAUGAGUACAGCCAUGUUCACCUAUGUUCUUGAAUUAUUCUUCUGUGUGUGGUGUACAGCUUAUAAAUUUGUACCCGGAGGAGUUUAUGCUAGAGAGAGCUCCCAUCUUCUUUUAGGGUUUAUUAUGUUAUGCAUUGGGCUAGACUUUCUAACAGGAUCCAAGAAAGAUCUGAACUCCAUCUUUGAAGUGAAAAGCAAGCAAAAGUCAUUUUUUAAAAUGAGUACAAAAUACAUUAAACUACUAUUGUGGCUGUUUGUUGGUGUUGGCUUGCUAGGAUUGGGUCUGCGUUAUAGAACUUACCAGAAGAAGUUGGGCCGAGGGGUUCCAAAAAGAGAUUUCUCUGCUAUGAUUUGGCCUUUUAGAUUUGCAUAUGACAAUGAAGGGUGGUCCAAUUUGGAGGGAUCCGCUAUGUUACUUAAUCAGACAGGUGCAGAUUUUAUCACUAUUCUGGAAAGUGAUGCCUCUAAACCAUUCAUUGGGAACAAUGAUCCAACAAUGUGGCUAGGAGAAAGACUAGGAUUUUACACAGAUUUUGGUCCAAGUACGAGGGAUCACACUUGGGGGUGAGUCAUCUUUACAUUCACGGGGAAAGUAAAUAAGUGGAAAUACUCUACUGAAAUACAGACAAAGAAUGAUUUGAAUAAUUAUGACAACAGUUGCUUGCUGGAGCUUGACUUCAAGAGCAUGUGCUGAUUCACUAGCAUUACAAAGCAAUGCAGAUGAAGUUGUCUCUUUGUUAACAGCAACCCAUUCUUGAUGCCUGUACCUGCAAGCUACUUCAGUAUUGGUGAUGCAGAGAAUGGCAUCCUGCCCCUUAAUGUACAGAUUUGGAAAUAUGACAUUUCAAAUAAUAAAUCGGAUUGGCCUUUCUCAUUGACAGCUUUAGAUUUCAGACUUAAAAAUGUGAUGAUAGUUGGAAAAUGUAACUAGAAAUUAGUUAAUAGUAAUUAGAAAUGUUGAGUUUAUUAAACUCAGGUUGGGUUGCACAGUUGGGAAAUGAGCACAUGUCUAUUUGGUCAGAACUUUUUGUGUCUAUUUUUAUGUUAAUGCUUGAACAAUUCCAGCUGGAUGUCUUUGAACAUCUUUGCAGUCUGAAAAAUAGUGUCUUAUGAUGUGUGCUUCUUUGUUAGUUUUUGUUUCAAUGAGAUUUACGGAUCUGUAUGGCAGAUGGAACUUCUAGUGUUGCUGCAAUGGUUAUUUAAAUUUCCUUGUAUGUGCGGGGAAUUCAGAAACUCUUUUUCUUUCAAAGCUUGUACCUUUAAAUGAUGCAAAAUGGGACAGAACAGGUAACUGAAACUUUCUUCAUUGCCUAUUUUGAAAAACCUGAUGCAAAAUAGCUUUAAGGUUGAUUCUAAUCAGAAGCUGAAAGAAUGAGAAAUCUCCUGCUUUAAAGAUGUAUUUCCACCUGCUUCUGUUUUUAAAUAAAAUGCUUUUAAAUUCCUGGUAAUAUAAAACUAUCUUGUUUUGCCUGGGAAUGUAAAUUUUGAAGGGCUUCAAAGUAAGAAUUCAUCUAUGUGAUAGAUUUACCUAUCAGAAGACCACCAUUCUUUUGUAGAUGGAUGUGUGUCCUUGGGUUAUUGACAGUCUGGGCUUGAAUAUGUGUUCCUCUGAGAUACCAAAGCAACGUUCCUUUCUGCUCCAUUUACAGUUCAUCUAUAAAG